AUGGGUCCCAAGGUUGAGGAGCGGGCUGCGGCGCAGCUAUGCUUUCACUUCCAAUCCACGUCUCAUGUCGGUGUGGGUGUAAAAGGCGUUGGUGUUAGCGUGAAUGGUGCCGGAGUUGGGGUGGGCGUUUCGGGUGUCGCUAGUGUGGGCGUGGGUGCUUCCCCUGUUGUGGGAUUAAACGGUGUGGAUACUAGUGCACCUGGGACCGUUGUUCACGACUGGGUCGACGUCGGUGUUGGGACUGGGACUGGAGCGAGCAAGACUGUGACUGUGACGAGUGACGACGGUGCCAACACGGCGAAGUCGUCUACCACCACGGGUGGUGCGUCGGCGAGCGCCACUGAUAGCGCUUCUGCGAACACGAACUCGAACGCAAUGACGAAUGCUGGCGCAAAGGCGCAACCGGCGCAGCAUCUCAGAAGCUCUACCGCAAGCUUCGGUCGGAGCAGUGAUUGCGGCGGAGCUAAGAGUAAUUCAUGUUUCGUUUGGGUUGGGUGA